AUGCGCAACCCCAUGCUGCAAAAGCAGGUGCCAAACCCCCAGGGCCAGGGGUGCUCGGGGGUCCCGGGGCGGGUGCUGGGGGGGGCCCCCUGCCCCCCCCAGGCCCACCCGGGCCUGGUGCUGCUCUUCCACUUCGAGCAGCCCCAGUGCGGGGGGGCCCUGCUGGGGCGCCGCUGGGUGCUCAGCGCCGCCCACUGCCGCACCAGCCACAUCCAGGUGCGCGCCGGGGUGCACAGCCUGGCUGCGCCAUCCGGGUGGGAGCAGUACGCCGUGGCCGAGAAGAUCGUGGUCCACCCGGGCUUCAGCCCCCAGGAGGGCACCAACGCCUACAGCGACGACCUCAUGCUGCUCCGCAUCGAGCCCCCGUUGGACAUCACCCCCUACGUGAAGCCCCUGGCCCUGCCCCUCACGCCCCCGGCCGUGGGCACCAACUGCACCGUCAUGGGCUGGGGCACCACCACCAGCCCCGAGGAGUCCUACCCCGACACCCCUCAGUGCGUGAACGUCUCCGUGGUGGCCGACUCCGAGUGCCAGGCCAUCUACGCCGGCAAAGCCACCGAGGACAUGCUCUGCGCCGGCGUGGCCGAGGGCGGCAAGGACUCCUGCCAGGGUGACUCGGGGGGGCCCCUCGUGUGCGACGGGGAGCUGCAAGGCAUCGUCUCGUGGGGCGACCACCCCUGCGGGCAGGCGGGAAAGCCGGGGGUCUACAGCCGGGUCUACAGCUACCUCGAGUGGAUCCAGGAGACCAUGGCGGAGGGCUGA